GGGUGCUGUCCCAGCUGUGGGCGCUGGAGCAGCGCGCUGCCCAGGGCGCCGCGCUCCGGCAGCGGCAGCGGCGGCGCCGGGAGCGGCAGCAGCUCCUGAGCUCCAGGAUCCGGGAGCUGCGGCAGCGCCGGGACCGGCUCCGCCUGCGCCUGCGGGACCUGCAGCUCCUGAGCUCCAGGAUCCGGGAGCUGCGGCAGCGCCGGGACCGGCUCCGCCUGCGGCUGCGGGACCUGUUCCCAGGAGUGAGCGCGAAGCUCUCCCGGCACGGCCUCUCCGUCUCCUUCCACACGUCCUUCGAGGGCUCCUACCUGGACUGCUUCCACCUGGAGCUGCAGGGAUCCCGGGAAUGCCGGGAUUCCCGGGAAUUUCGGGUCCUGCGCCACUCCAUCCCGCCCUUCAUCCCCCUGCAGGGCCUGGCCCAGGAGCUGCUGCCCCACAGCCCGCGGCGCUUCCUGGCCCUGCUGGCCCGGCUGCUCGGCGCCUUCGUGGCCAGGAGGCACCAGCUGCACCUCCUGCAG